GUUGCUCGGGGACAAGUUCCCGGGACGUACAUAGUUUGCAGUCAACAACACUGUACAGCAUUUGAAGUCCCCGGUCAAACAUGAACGUGAACCAGGGAACUGUGGGCAGCGACCCGGUCAUUCUGGCCACGGCCGGUUACGACCACACGGUCCGUUUCUGGCAGGCCCACAGCGGCAUCUGCACCAGGACCGUCCAGCACCAGGACUCUCAAGUAAAUUCCCUCGAGGUCACACCAGACAGGAGCAUGAUUGCAGCUGCAGGUUACCAGCACAUCCGCAUGUACGACCUGAACUCCAACAACCCAAACCCAGUCAUCAACUACGACGGAGUCAGCAAGAACAUCACGUCAGUGGGCUUUCAUGAGGACGGACGCUGGAUGUACACGGGUGGAGAGGACUGCAUGGCUCGCAUAUGGGACCUGAGGUCAAGAAAUCUGCAGUGUCAGAGGAUUUUUCAAGUCAAUGCUCCCAUCAACUGUGUGUGUCUGCAUCCGAACCAGGCAGAGCUGAUCGUAGGAGACCAGAGUGGAGUGAUCCACAUCUGGGAUCUCAAGACCGACCACAAUGAGCAGCUGAUCCCGGAGCCGGAGGUCUCCAUCAACGCGGUUCACAUCGACCCGGAUGCCAGUUACAUGGCUGCGGUCAACAGCUCGGGAAACUGUUACGUGUGGAACCUCGCCGGAGGCCUCGGAGACGAAGUGACUCAGCUCAUUCCCAAAACUAAGAUCCCAGCACACAAACGUUAUUCUCUCCGCUGCAAGUUCAGCCCGGAUUCAACACUGUUGGCCACCUGCUCGGCAGAUCAGACCUGUAAGAUCUGGAGAACGUCCAACUUCUCGCUCAUGACCGAGCUCAGCAUCAAGAGCAACAAUCCCGGCGAGACGUCCAGGGGCUGGAUGUGGGACUGCGCUUUCUCCGGAGACUCACAGUACAUCGUCACCGCUUCUUCUGAUAAUCUGGCUCGUCUGUGGUGCGUGGAAACCGGGGAGAUUAAGCGGGAAUACAGCGGCCACCAGAAGGCCGUGGUGUGUUUGGCCUUCAAUGACAGCGUCCUGGGCUGAAGAUGAAGAGACAUUUGACUUCAGGACAUGGAGUAAGAACUUUUCUGUCAGGACUGGACAAUUUUUGAUCCUCAUGAUAAAAGUGGAGGCUCUGAUUUGAACACAGUGAUGUUUCCUCCUGCCUGAUGAGAACUGUAAGUACUCAAUUACAGACUUUUAUUAAUAACAUACAUGGUGGUUUUUAUCUGUUACCUCACAGGUUUGUCUACCAAACCCUAAACCAUGUUUAUCAUGUUGAUUUUAAGGACUUGAGGUGGACCGAUGUGGGUCUUUCUGGGGCCAAUAAGUGAUUUUUGACCCAUAUGUUAUAUUUUUGAGUUUUAGUGACUCGGCCAAUUAUUAAAAAGAAAUCGCAAAUAUCAGCCCAACCUAUUGAUCGGUCGACCUCUAAUAAGGACCACAUUGAUCUCUAUGUUCAGGUUUGUCAUGGAAUUGAUUGAUGCCUCAUGUGUUCUGUAUAUGUAAAAAUACACUUAAAUUCUCUUUAUUUAAAGUCAA